UUCGCUGAAUUGAUCACUGCCAUAUUUCAUUGGAAUCUCCCCCUGGGGACAGCGUGGAGAUAAGAUAAUCCGCCCUUUGCCAAUUUCCCAACAAAGACAGCAGCUUUAAAGGGAGUGGUCUGUGCGCCUGUCGGACAGCAGUGUUUCCCAGACACCUCCAAGACAACUCCAAGAGUCCUUCGUCUUUUUGUGCGCAAACAUGGCCCCAGACUUUUCCAAGAACUCAGAGGAGAAGCCGGAGCCUCUCAAGGCAGAAGUAAAAGGAAGCAUCCCCGAUUGGUUACAAGGCACCCUGCUGCGUAAUGGCCCCGGAAUCUUUAGUGUGGGGGAAACCAGCUACGAGCACUGGUUCGAUGGGAUGGCCAUCAUGCACAGCUUCGCCUUUAAAGAUGGUGAAAUGACCCACAGAAGCAGAUUCCUCAGAGGUGACACUUACAAAGCAAACAUGGCUGCAAACAGGAUAGUUGUGUCUGAAAUGGGGACUAUGGCCUAUCCAGACCCCAGCAAGAACUUCAUCUUCAAGGCUAUCACCUUCCUCAACCACACGGUGCCCGACUUCACGGACAAUGGUGCAAGCAAUUUCAUCAAAUAUGGAAACGACUACUAUGCCACCUCUGAAACAAACUACAUUCUUAAGAUCGAUCCUGUGACCCUGGAGACUAAGGAAAAGGUGGACUACAUGAAGUACCUGCCUGUAAACCUGGCUUCAUCCCAUCCACACUACGACAAGGAGGGCAACGCCUACAACAUUGGAACUUCAAUAGCGGAAAAGGGCAAGACGAAAUACACUCUGUUCAAAGUCCCUGCAGUUUCAGAGAAAGACAAAGACAAGAAUGCCCCUGCACUGAAGAACGUGGAAGUGGUCUGCACAGUCCCCUGCCGCUCCCUGCUUACACCGAGUUACUACCACAGCUUCGGCAUGACGGAAAAUUACUUCAUCUUCAUCGAGCAGCCAUUCAAACUGGACAUCCUCAAGAUGGCCACGGCGUACAUGAGGGGAGUCAGCUGGGCAAGCUGUCUGAAGUUCUGCCCUGAGGAAAAUACUCUGAUCCACCUGAUAGACAGAAAGACCCGCAAAGUAGUUGAGACGAAGUACUACACUGGAGCAAUGGUCGUCUACCAUCACGUGAAUGCUUUCGAGGAUAACGGCCAUGUUGUCUUUGAUGUCAUUGCCUACGAUGAUACCAGCCUUUAUGACAUGUUCUACCUGAGCAAGCUGAAGGAAAACGCUGGGUCACAUGACGAGACCUAUUCCAAACCAAGCUACAGGAGAUUUGCACUUCCCAUCCAUUCAAACAAGAGCAUUGCAGUUGGAGAGAACAUGGUGCAACUCAAAUACACAACAGCCAGAGCUGUGAAGGAGAAAGAGGGCAAACUGAUGUGCCAGCCAGAGGUGUUCUGUGAAGGUUUUGAAUUACCCAGAAUCAACUAUGACAUCAACGGACAGAGACAACGUUUUGUCUACGGCAACUGUGUGGAGGAAUCUGCUCUGGCAAAAGAGAUCGCCAAGCUUGACACAGAAACCAAGAAAAUGGUUUAUUGGAAGGAAGAGAACUGCUGGCCAUCAGAACCCGUGUUCAUCCCCAAACCAGCCGGAGAGACAGAGGAUGAUGGUGUGGUCUUAACAUCAGUUAUCAACUCCAACCCAGGCCAGUCUGAUUUCAUCCUGAUUCUAGACGGCAGGACAUUCAAGGAAGUCGCUCGAGCAUACGUGAGCACGGAGCUCCGCAAGGACAUGCAUGGAUUUUUUAUCCCGCAAGGAAAUUAGUCAUUUGGAUAUGGAUAUUUACACAUAGGAUGACACAGGAAAGGAACCGAUUUUAAUAUUGAAAAUAUUGUGUUUUAGACAGAAGUGUGAUGAGGAUCACGUACUGUAGUUUCAUGGAUUGCCUCAUCACUGUCAAAUUAAACAUUUUUUAUCACAGCCAAACAAUUUUUUCAUACUUAUUCAUAUUUGUUGAUUUUGUGUGGAUCAAUUUAUAACAUGUAUAUAUCAUUGUUUAUUAUGUAGCCUACAUUAUUCUCAUUGUACUGCUAUGACUGUCAUUGUACAAAAACAAAACAAAAAUGUGCCAUGUUUUCCCAAUCUUUGCCAUAUAAGAAUAAAUCAGAUGUGGGGCUGUCACGGUGAGCAGUGGUGGUUAU